AUGGAUAAUUUACCAUCAAUUGGUGAUCGUAAUACACAAACAAUUGUAUGUUCAUUUUGUGAUGAUAUUAUACUUCGUCCACAAACAGCUAUUUUAACCAAUAAACCAACAUUAUUACCACAAAUGAAUAUUGAAAAAACUCCGUCAUUAGAUACAGAAAAUAAUCGUUUAUCAAUCAAUGGUAAUGAUCAUAUAUGUGAUUCAUUAGAAACAUUUUGGCUUGUAUCGGAUAUGUUUACAUUUGAAAAUGUUGGCUUUUCAAAUACAGUUAAUAAUCAAACAAAAUAUCUUGUUUGUGCUAAUUGUGAACGUGGUCCAAUAGGUUUUUCUCCGAUAAAUCCAUUAACUAGACAAUUAGAAAAAGAAUUUUAUGUUGCUAUUGAUAGAAUUAAAUAUAAAUAA